CUGCACCUGCUCCCACCCCAUCCCCAGCUCAGCCCUGCAGCCUGGCGCAGUGCCAGCAGCAGGCUCAGCAGGUCCCCAGGGUGUGGUGACGGCCAGUUGGGAGGCAGCUCAUCGACCAGCAGCCAGUACUGCAGAGCUGUGUCGCGUGUGGCGGCCGCCGGGCAGAGGGCAGCCAGGGCCCAGCGAGCGCCCAUGAGUCCUCUGCUCUACUAUGCCGUGCCCGCCCUGGGCAGCUACGUCAUGGUCUCCAUCUUCUUCCUGCGCCGGCCCCGCCUGCUGCAUGCACCCCGCAACCCAGCCUUCCGACCCCGCCUGGCGGCCCACCGAGGAGGUUCUGGAGAGCGACUGGAGAACACCCUGGAGGCCAUGGAGAACUCCGUGGCCCAGCGGGCAGACCUCCUGGAGCUCGACUGCUCCCUGACUCGUGACGGCGUGGUGGUGGUGUCCCAUGAUGAGAACCUGUCCCGCCAGUCCGGCCUGAACAGGGAUGUGGGCAGCCUGGACUUCAAGGACCUGCCGCUGUACAAGGAGGAGCUGGAGGUGUAUUUCUCCCCAGGUCGAGUUGCGCACGGCUCGGACCGCCGCAUGGUAAGCCUGGAGGAGCUGUUUCAGAGGUUCCCGCGGACGCCCAUGUCGGUGGAGAUCAAGUCGGACAACGAGGAGCUCAUCCACAAGAUCGCGGACCUGGUGAGGCACUUCGACCGCAAUGAGAUCACCGUGUGGGCCUCGGAGAAGAGCUCAGUCAUGAAAAAAUGCAAGGCUGCUAACCCCCAGAUGCCCUUCUCCUUCACAAUGAGUCGAGGAUUCUGGGUGCUGCUUCUUUAUUACCUGGGGCUCCUGCCCUUCGUCCCCAUCCCGGAGACCUUCCUCCUCUGCUUCCUGCCCAGCAUCAUCAACAGGACUUAUUUCCCCUUCUCCUGCUCCGUGCUGAACCGGCUGGCAGCUGUGCUUUCCAGAUGGAUCAUCAUGCGGAAGAGUCUGAUCCAGCACCUGGAGCAGCGAGGGAUACAGGUGGUUUUCUGGUGCCUUAAUGAAGAGUCGGAUUUUGAAGCUGCCUUGGACCUGGGGGCCACUGGCGUCAUGACUGAUUACCCCACCGCCCUGAGGCGCUACCUUGACAGCCAUGAGGCCACCUCCUGUGCUUGAGCCCUCUAAGCUA